AUGGAAGCUGAAUAUUCUUUACAUCUUAUAAGAAAAACAGAAUGUCAGGAGGCUAAAGCCAAAGACAAGUUAAAAGCCAGCGAAGACCCUACAUUGGUAACAGCCACAUUUGAUUUGCAAAGUGUUUUACAAUUGCCGUAUUCAGGUGUGUCUCUAUUUUACUAUUCAAGAAAAAUCUGCGUUUAUAAUUUGACAAUAUAUUUGGCUAGUGGAGAAGCACAUUGUUACACUUGGAACGAGUUAAAUGGAAAGAGGGGAAGCAAUGAAAUUGGUUCCAUAUUGUUAAUAUUUUUGCAGUCACUGCCUGUUACAGUAACAAGUGUUUCCUUGUUUUGUGAUACUUGUGGUGGGCAGGACCGUAACCAACAAGUGGCUGCCAUGUUGUUGUAUGCAGUGAAAAAAAUUGAGCAUUUGAAUCAAAUUGAACUUAAGUUCUUGGAAUCAGGGCAUACACAAAUGGAGUGUGAUCCAAUGCACUCCGCAAUCGAGUCUGCAAAGAAACAUAAAAGUGCAUUUACCAUGACAGACUGGAUUAACAUUUUCCGUUCUGCAAGAUCCCAAAGAGGCAAAAAUAAAGCCAGUGUCGAAAAAGGGUCACCAGACAUACUGUUCUGUCGGUAUGAUCAUUCUUCGGAGUACAAGAAGGUAAACAUAGUUGGUGGAGGUCGCAGAAAAUCAGCUGCAGCACUAGGCUUGAAACCUGCAUAUUCUGACCCACUGCCAAUAUCGAAGGCAAAAAAAGCAGACUUGGUCAAGCUUGUUAAUGCUGGCCACAUACCAGAGGAACUUCACCUAUGGUAUAGGAAUAUACCAGCAAUUGAUGUGAAUGGUCCUGAGCGUUUGUCCGAACCAGACGAAAGUGAAGAUGAAAAUUAA